UUAUGCUUAACCGACUGAGCCACCCAGGCGCCCCUAUUUGGUGCUUUAUGCUGAACAGGAUCAGCAUAAAUUAGUUUUUAAAUUGUUUUAAGAAACAGAUAAAACAUUUUAAAGCCGAUUUUAUUGCAUUCAUUUCUCAAUUAAAAUUAUGGCCAUGGCCUGCUAAAGCAAGAUAGAGUGUGGGACAUAGAACGCAGAUAAGACUACUGUGGGGAAAAGGGUGGAAUAGCGCCUGCUUAUGUUUAAGUGGCACAGAGAUGGCCCAGCAAAAGGAGAAGGAACCAGCAAGUGAAGGCCAAAAAAAGAUAAAACAGUUCGGACAAAAACAUGAAAUGCUGCAGAAAAGUUGGAAGAGGAGAACUGAAAACACUGAUUCGGUCACUGAAAACCACAUCCAGAAAUAUAUUCCAUGCUAUCAGCUUUUCAGCUUUUAUAAUUCUUCUGGUGAACUAAAUGAGCAAGCACUGAAGAAAAUAUUAUCAAGUGUCAAAAAGGCUGUGGUUGGUUGGUACAAAUUCCGACGUCAUUCAGACCAGAUCAUGACAUUUAGAGAGAGACUGCUUCACAAAAACUUACAAAAUCAUCUUUCAAGCCGGGAACUUGUUUUUCUACUGUUAACACCAAGUAUAAUAACAGAAAGCUGCUCUACUCAUCGGCUGGAGCAUGCCUUAUAUAAACCUCAGAAGGGACUUUUUCACAGGAUACCAUUAGUGGUGGCCAAUCUGGGCAUGUCCGAACAACUGGGUUAUAAAACCAUGUCAGGUUCCUGUGAGUCCACUGGUUUUAGCCGAGCAGUAAAAACACACAGCUCUGAAUUUUUUACAGAAGAUGGAUCUUUAAAGGAGGUACAUAAAAUAAAUGAAAUGUAUGCUUCUUUACAAGAGGAAUUAAAGAGUAUAUGCAAGAAAGUAGAACACAGUGAGCGAGCGGUAGAGAAACUACUAAAGGACGUAACCAGAUUGAAAUGGGAAAUUAAAAAAAGAAAACAGGCACAAAUUCAAGCAGCACGAGAGAACAUCGAAAAAGACCCUCAGGAGAACAUUUUUCUUUGUCAAGCUUUACGGACCUUUUUUCCAGAUCAUGAAUUUCUUCAUUCAUGUGUUAUCUCCUUGAAAAAUAGGCAUAUUUCUAAAAGUAGCUGUACUGCCAACCACCAGCUCAAUGUGAUAGACAACCUGACCUUAAUGGUAGAAUACACUGACAUUCCUGAAGCUAGUCCAGCUAGUGGUGCGCCUCAAAUGAUUAAACGUAAAGCUUUAGAUACCGAUGAUGGAUGGCAAUUCAAGAAGUCACGGCCGUUAGAGAUACAAAACAAACCAUCUAAAACAGAUACUGAUAGUAGUAAUCAAGAAAAAGCAUCCACAAUGAGCAGCCCUGAAACAGAUGAAGACAUUGAAAAAAUGAAGGGUUGUGGUGAAUAUCCACAGUCUCCUACAUUUUGAUCAUUUUAGGCCAAAAGGACAUUUUUAAUUGGCUGAAGGGUAAAGCCAUUUGUAUUGUUUUUACUAUGUUCAGGUAUUUUGCAGUAAUACAUAAGUUCUAGUGCAUUUAUUUUUUAAAGCACUUUAUUUUAAAACCAUACUUUUGUCCCCCUCCUUUGUUAAAGAUUUUAAGUAAUUCCUAUACCCAACAUGGAGCCUGAACCCACAACCGCAAGAUCAAGAGUCGUAUGUUCCACCAACUGAACUAGCCAGGCACCCCCCCUUUUUUUGUUGAGGGAAAAGCUUAAAUGAUACUCUUUUAAACUUCUGUAGCAUUCUUUAGAAUUGGAAAAGAAAGACUAACCUUAUUUUCACAAUAGAAAAAAAAGAUGUCUAAAGUUAAUAGGAAAUGUAUUUCGUUUUUAUCUAAGGCACAGUAAUUCCUGCUCCUUAAGUUACAAUAAAUGGCUAGGGUUGCCAGAUAAAAUCCUGGACAACAUGCAGUAUUAGACAUUGAAAACUUAUUGUUUAAAUGAAUAAUUUGAAUUGGAGUUCAGAUUUAAUCACAUGUCCUGUAUUUCUAUUUGCUAAAUCUGGCAGUUCUAAUUAUGGCAAAACUAUAAUGUGGCACAAAUAUCUCUCCCUAGUCUAGAGUCUUCUACACAGAAUUGAGUGAAUCCAGAAUUUGAGAACAGAACAAGCCUGAUAAUGCAGCGUGUCUGAGAUCAGCAGCUGGUCAAGUAGCUGAAAAGGCCAAUUAAAGUGGGACUCAAAAAUGGUACAUAUGUGUAUAGGUAUACGUAUGUCUAUCACCGAGAUUUCAUUUUAACAUAAAGCAGAAUUGUACAUUCA